CCGAUCCCCUGAUACUGCAGUCGCAGGAAUGCUAGUCGAUCGCAGAGGAGAGCGGAGGUCGGGUGGAAGAUGGCUCUCUCCAGAGGUUUGAGAUGCUGUCAGAGGGUCUUCUCCUGGAUUCCCGUCCUUAUCAUCACCGCUGUCGUGUUGUGGUCCUACUAUGCAUACGUGUUUGAGCUUUGUCUGUUUACAAUAACCAACACGUUGGAAAAAGUGGCGUACCUGCUGGUGUUCCAUGUUUGCUUUGCAAUGUUCUCCUGGACAUACUGGAAGUCCAUUUUCACCCCAGUAGCAGCACCAUGCAAAAAGUUUCAGCUGUCGUACUCGGAUAAGCAGCGGUAUGAGAUGGAGGAGAGGCCGGAUGCCCAGAAACAAAUUCUAGUGGAAAUUGCCAAGAAACUACCCAUCUUCACCCGAGCCCAAUCUGGAGCUAUCAGGUUUUGUGACCGCUGCCAAGUGCUGAAGCCUGACCGCUGUCACCACUGCUCCGUUUGUGAAACGUGUGUUUUAAAGAUGGACCACCAUUGCCCCUGGGUGAACAACUGUGUCGGUUUCUCCAACUACAAGUUUUUCCUUCUUUUCCUGGCGUACUCCAUGCUGUACUGCGUUUUCAUUGCAACAACAGUCUUUCGAUAUUUCCUGAAGUUCUGGGCAGGAGACUUGCCAAAUGGGCCAGCAAAGUUUCACGUCCUUUUCCUCAUGUUUGUGGCACUCAUGUUCUUCAUCAGUCUCAUGUUCCUCUUUAGCUACCACUGCUGGUUGGUAGCCAAGAACAGAUCCACCUUAGAAGCCUUUUCCGCUCCAGUUUUCGUUGGUGGUCCAGACAAAAACGGUUUUAAUGUAGGGAUAAAAAGAAACCUGCAGCAGGUGUUUGGGGAAGACGUGAGGCAGUGGUUCAUUCCUGUUUUCACCAGCCAAGGAAAUGGUCACUACUUCCCUUUGAAGAGCCAAAAUUCCGAAUCUCAAAACCCUCUAUUAGCUAACGAGGACUUGUGGGAGGAGUCAGAUGAGGGCUCUGAAGACGGAAGUUUGGUUGAGGACUUGGACCCCUCUGUUACCAUAAACAUGGAGGAAUAAACAGACUGGGAGGGUUCUACUAUAGGAAUGCAUUCCAAAUGUUAUGGAAGUUUGGACGUGUCGCGGUGAAUGUGGAUUAAAACCUGGAUUUGGAUCCUCAUUGCCAAUUUUCCUGCAAACUUUUUCCAUAACGAGAAACAACGGAACUCACCGGAUGACCAGCAGCAGCCUCCUCUCACAGACGGAUCAAUAGAAGUCUUAUCUGAAGGAAAACGAUUUAACCUGGUCUACAAAGACGAUGAAAUCUAUCAUAGAUGACGUCAUGUUGAAGACGGUUUCUCAGCGAUCUUGCUGAGGAGAUGUGAAGCUUCUGCAAGCGACAUUCCGGUUUGGUUGAGUUUACAGUGUUGCACCUUUGACCCUGUUCCUAUUUGGGGUGAUAUCAGAACUUCCUCUAACCCCCAAAGAUGUUUUGUUUUCUGACCUUUAUCUGUUUUUUGGGGGGGGUAAUUAUAUUGUAUUUUUUUCCACCAAACUAACUUAACCUGCGCCUUACGGAAGUAUUCCCAAGAAUGUAUCCUGCUUUUUAGCCUGUUUGAACACACAUUUGUAGAAGUCGUCAUCAUGAAGGUGGCUCAGAAUCAUGUCACAGAUGUAACUGCUGGCAAUGUAAAUUUAAUAGUUUAAUAAUUUCCACCUCAAACUUAAGGUUCGAUUCUUACAUUUUUCUGAAACAAUUAUUUUCUGAUCAUGAGAUGUUGAAGAUAUCAUGAAUAUUACAUUUACUGAUUUCCAUGAUUUAAAAAAAAAAAAAAAAUUUCCAGAAAUCGUGCCGCUGCUCUCAUCAAGAAAAACCUCCUCAUCCACUGGCUGAAUUAUUUUCUGCAGCAUUGAUUUAUGUUUUAUUUCUUCAAGGUAAUGCGUUUCUAGAUUUUGAAGAGCACUGAAAGAAUCAUCCAAACUGUUGAUGACUUGUUUAGCAAAUUGCACUUCUUCUUCUUGAAUGCAUAUGAGACCUCCAUGUGUCAUGGAGGCUGUUUGUUUCUAAGUUGGGUAAGCCAAAUCGAGUGCUGCUCACAUCCAACAAAAACUAUUGAUCGCAGCAGUCUGUUUUUCACAGAUAAGUGUUUUAAAGUGUGUAAAACUGUAGAGUAGAAGUGAAUGAUGAGUGUUUUGUGUCGUCUUGUGUCUAUUUAUUACAAUGUUCGGCUCUUCUUGUGUAUUUGGGUUUACUUCUUCAUAUCUGCUGCGGGCGGAUUCUGUAUAUUUUGCUCCUAUUCUUUGAGGACAAUUUAAAUAAUCGAGAAAACAGAGGGAUGUGUGGAUAAAAAGACGCUUGUUCAGCCGGGUUUGAGUAUGUGGUGCUUCCUAUUUUUCCAACGCCUCAAAUCAAUAAAAUCCUGACACAUUUGCAGUCUGUAAACAAAUAUAAAUUCUUUAUUGAUCCGUCAGUUGUAACAUGCAAAAUAAAACUGUCCACACCAAA